UUUUCUGUCAGUUCAUUUGUAAACGUUAAUUUGCGCGAUAUUACAAGUUACAAUGGACGUGUAAACGAAAAAUAACGUCUCGACUUUCUCUUAAUUGUAAUUUAACUGUUACAAACGACAACAUACGCGCAACGGAGCAGGGAAAAUAGUGUUAAGCUUGAUACUAAACUUGUGAAAAAUACAAGAUGUCACAUACGUGGAGCACGAUACCGCUUCUUCCUCUGAGGUGCAUACUGGAACACCUCAGCACGGAGGAUGCGUUAGCAGCGAUGUCAGUCUGUCGACACUGGCGGGACGCUAUACAUGUCUAUGAGGGGCACAAGGAUUUACUGAAGCUGAAAGUGAAACAACUAGAGAGGUGCAAGUUCGUGACUCGCAUAUUCAAGAAGAACGUACGCAAACUGCACCUGUACAUAGACUGCAAUGAGCCAGAGAUUGACAAAUUCAUGAACCUCGUGUUCCCACAAUUUUUCGACACACUGAAUCUCGAGGAGAUAUUAUUCAUUGGACCAAGCUACAUGCAACUGAGUAACCAUGUGCCAUUUAUUAAGCUGAAGGGCCGGGUACCAAUCGAGAGCCUGGUGUACAAGAACAUUCAGACCCUGAAGAAGCUGGGCUUCAUGGGAUGCGGGAUGGCUGCGAUGAAGAAUGAAAACGAGAGAUACUGCAACAAGCAAGUGGAGUACUACUCCCGGCCGCUGAAGUUCAACACUGUGCUCGCCAUGGCAGACACCAUCCUCAGCAGCACCAACCAACAUCUGAUGCGGUACUCUACUAUCACUCACAUAAUAGUGGAUUACGAGCAACUGAGCACGUCGUCCCUGGUCACAUUGUCCCAGCUGAAGAGCUUCCGCUACCUGACGCUGAACAUCACGAACAAGAAGCCGGCGCUGCAGCGCAUCGACUGGGAGACCAUGCACGACUUCUACAAGUACGCGCUCCGCGUCACCGUUAAUAUUAUCGCCGUGCCAUACAGGAGGUUCGAAGACAUCAUGCAGAAUGUCCUAGUCGAGGGUCUCCGCCUUAUAUCGCUCAAAGUCAUGUUCUGCAAGUCUCUGUACACGCCCCUACUGUCGCACAUAUCGCGCCUGUACCAGAGCACGCUGCAGGAAGUCAUCUGGGCAGACUGUCCCUACGACUCGUCAGACCCGUACCAUCGCGUCGUCAGGCCAAUGCGACAGGCACAGCCGGACACGUACGCGCACGUGAACCCGUUCGUACUCCUGUGUUGGCAGUGCAUGCAUCUACAGCGCCUCGCUAUACAUGGUUACUGGGUAUGGCAAUACGACUUGCUCGGUUUCGUGCGCCUACGCAAAGGGUUGAUGCAGUUGGAGAUAUCGGCCAUAUACCACAAGCAGGACCGGUUCCACAACAUGCUACAGUUGAGCGAGGAGGGCGCUAUUCGAGUCCUGUGCGGGGACCAACCGCCGCCUGUCGACCCGGAGUAUGUACAGGAGGUGAACGAGUACACGGACUUCAAAUGGCGCCCGACCCCGUGGUCGUCCCUGCACCCGGGGCUCCGCGCCCGCGCCACCAUGCAACAACGCAUCGACUACGUCGUCAGCGAGGCACGCGUGCCCUGCGGAGUGCAAACGUAUACAAACUGAACGAAGAAAGAACUGCACUAGCAACAACGGAAGACUCAUUGCAGCUAAGUAUUAAAAUUUCGAUACAACACCUUGUGAUAAACGGAGUAAAGUCGAAAUUACGGUGAACCGAGGGUAUUGGAUUAGUCUAAGUUGGAUUACCUUAACAGGAAAACCUUUAGUUUUUAAUUUAUGACUGAUAUUCCGAGCAUUUCCUUACGUACCUAUUGUGACUAAUUAUGUGUUCUCAUUAUAAAUAUAUAUAUUUUUAAAUGACUCGAAAACUAAUCCAAUUUAGAUGAAUCCUUAAAUGUUUGAUAGGAAAAUAUACAACCUCUAUAAAGGGUUGUUUUCAAUACUACCUACAUAGGACUAGACGACAAAAUAACAUAUGUUCUAGUACAUUCUACACUAUGUUCUUAGUAUUGAAAACAGCGAAUGAUAUUUAGAUUAAAUUGGUAUGGGCGAUGUUUCAAAUCAAGCUCAAUAUACAUUAUUUAACAUAAUACUCUUAAUUUAAACACUCAAUAACUCUUUUUCUUUACCUUUCAAAUCGUGCCACAGACUUAGUAAAUAAUAGAGAGUACAUGUUAAAUAAUGAUAUUGUAGCUCUAUCUAAUCGUUUCUUAUAUCUUUAAAUAAUAUACCCGUAGUGUUAGGUAAAAUAUAAAAAGUAUAAAAAAAAUGUUUUUUCUGCUCUAUUAAGUAUAAUGAUUAUUAUUAAAUAAAUAAAUAAAUGUGGAAAUUUUAAUUCAAAUUUGGAGCCGAGAAUCAGAAAUGGAUGGCCUAAAAUAAUUCGAAAUAUAUUAUAAUAAUUAUCUGUGUUUGACUAAAUGUCGAUAUUAUUUUGUAGGUGUUAUUAAUUAUUAAAUGUUUUAUUAAAAUAUUAAUAUUAUUAUAUUGAUCGCGUAAUAUCUGUUACCAAAAUGCAAGCGAUCUGAUUGACACUGCUAUCAGUACUUUUCAAAAUAUUUGGGUAAAUGUUGAAUUCAAGCUAAAAUGUGCUCUCUGAUUAGCAACUAUAGAGCUCAUUUUCGUAUUAUCUAUCUGCUAGGGCGUAGAAAAAUCAGUGGUAACAUUCCAAAUGACAAAUUCAACCUUAAAGGAAUUUUAUUAAGGUGUACUUUACUGUGUCACGUUUAUUCAGCUCAUCAAAAUGCUCUCUAGAAACAUAAUCUAAUAAAGACCAAUACAAAAACAAAAGUACUGAUAUCAGAAUUAAAAUAUUUUUAAAAAUACAUACAUACAAACAAAAAAUUAUUAAAAAAAACAGUAUAAAAUAUGUAACUGUGAAAGUUCCUGAUACAAUUUUUUUAUCAAAACAAAACCUACUUAAUAUACAUGGUGAUAUUUAAAUCAAUUUUUCAAAACCACGAGGGUGUAUUUAGACGUGUUUCGUUAAUAGGACACGCUGUAUAUAAACGCUAAGCGUAGAUUCCUCUUUAAUAAGUAUUAAAUGAAAACAAUAUUUCUCUUUGAAUUGUGGACUUAUACAACCUGUGUAUAAAACCUUAUUUUUUAAUUUUCAUAUUUUGUGACAUACAGGAUUUUAUUCUAGAACAGUAGGUACCCUUAGUACGAGUUUGUAUUACGUAUCGGCGCUCUGAUUGGCCGUCUCGAAUAAACCAACCAAUUAGAGAGCCGAACGCGCUUUUGUAUCCAUUACUUCAAACUUAGCGCGCCAAACGUGCUCUCCUUUACAUUUUCGUUUAGUGUAAAGAAAACUCGUACUAAGGGUACACAUCUCCUUUAUAAUUACACUCAGGUACAACUAGUAUUGUAUAAAUUAAUUCUUUUCAAUUUUCCUAGACAAUUUUUUCAACCCAAAUACUUAACUAUAACUGCCCAAAAAGAGAAAAAUAUAAAGAAGUAUUCAUAUAUACACAGGUUGUAUACGCUCACAUUAUUUAAAAUAAAAAUAUAUUAAUCAUUACUAAGUAAAUAAAAAAAUGAAACAAUUUCUAUGAUCGUGUAAGGAUAAAAUGAACAGACAAAGUUUAUACCAAAUUUCUAAUCAGAUAUCGUAAUCAUAUUUUUAAGACUUUUCUUUCCUUUGUUAUAGUGUUUUAUUCAAGACGUUUUGCCGGUAUCAACGUGCUUAAUUUUAUUACGGCUAAUGACGGACAGACAAGAAAUAAAACUAUU